GCGAAAGGAAAGAACGUAAAAAAUAAUAUUUCGUGACGAAAAAAUGCUGUAGGCGCAUUGUAAAAUGCAUAUAGUGCUGAUAAAUCGCGUUUGUGAGAUGCUAAAACGCGAGUUCGACACCAAGUCCGUGCAGAACUUCAAAGUGCAAUAACAAAAUAGGCGCUGUAUCGAAUAUACCAAAGUGCAAUUGGCCAGUUGAGACUACAACCACAACAAAAACAACAACACAAUCGACAUCGAAGACUACUAAAUAACCUUGUACGCUGUGAUCAGAAAUAAUAUACAUAGUUAAUCAGCGUAGAAGGCAUAAUAUUAAAAGGCGAAUAAGUGGUUAAAUAAUACAAGUAACAACAAGUUUAAUAGGAAAAACACGCUGACUGUCUCUGUGUGUGUGAGUGUGCGAGUGAGUGUGAGUGCGAGAGUGUGCUACCAAUACAAACGCAACCACGACGCAAUACAAGCGCACAGCGCAUAGUUUUCUAAUAAUAAUAAAAGAAAUAAAGUAACGGCGAUAAAUAAUUUAAAACAACAACAACAGCAACGAAGAGUCUCAAAAAGUGCUGGAAAAACUCGCGAUAAGGAAAAGCGAAAGAAAGAAACCAACGAAAACAAUAACAAAAAAAAGCAAACGGAAACCUCCACAUCGACAGAUCUUUGAAUGCUGCUGCAUUUUGAUCUCCGGCAAACAACAAAAUGGUUUCGUUAAUUGAUACAAUCGAUGCGGCAGCCGAGAAGCAGAAGCAACUGGCGGUUGCUGCAUCCACCUCAUCAUCCUCAUCGACCUCCCCAGCUUCCUCCUCCGAUUCCUCGUCCUCCAAAUCCAAUCUCACGGCCAGCGGAAAGCCAAAGGAGAAACGAAGGAACAAUGAGAAGCGUAAGGAAAAAUCGAGAGAUGCGGCCAGAUGUCGUCGCUCCAAGGAGACGGAGAUUUUCAUGGAACUCUCACAGGCUCUGCCGCUGAAAACCGAUGAUGUCAAUCAACUGGACAAGGCCUCGGUGAUGAGGAUUACCAUAGCGUUUCUUAAGAUUCGCGAGAUGCUGCAGUUUGUUCCCAGUUUACGCAACUGCAAUGAGGACAUUAAGCGGGACAUUGAUGCUGUAGAGGAACAGCAGCUGCGAAAAGUCAAACCCAAGCUGGAAAUUGGCUGCGAGGAUUGGCUUAAUGGAGCCGAAGCCAGUCAGCUCUUAAAGCAGACCAUGGAUGGUUUCCUACUGGUCCUGUCCCACGAGGGUGAUAUUACCUAUGUCACUGAGAACGUGGUCGAGUAUCUGGGCAUUACCAAAAUCGACACUCUUGGCCAGCAGAUUUGGGAGUACUCGCAUCAGUGCGAUCAUGCCGAGAUCAAGGAGGCACUUAGCCUAAAGCGAGAGAACGCUGACAAGGUCAAAGACGAGCAGCAGGACUCUGGGGUGACCACCCAUCACAGGGACUUGUUUGUGCGUUUAAAGUGCACCUUGACCAGUCGUGGACGCAGCAUUAACAUCAAGAGCGCCUCCUACAAGGUCAUUCACAUUACUGGACACUUGGUGAUCAAUGCCAAGGGCGAACGCCUGCUGAUCGCCGUGGGAAGACCCAUUCCUCAUCCCUCGAACAUUGAAAUACCCUUGGGAACCAGCACUUUCCUUACCAAACAUUCGCUGGAUAUGAAAUUCACCUAUGUGGAUGACAAGAUGCAUGGCUUGUUGGGAUAUUCGCCCAGCGACUUGCUUGAUACAUCUUUAUUUGUCUGCCAGCAUGGAGCUGAUUCUGAACGCCUUAUGGCCACCUUCAAGAGCGUGCUUAGCAAGGGACAAGGAGAGACCUGUCGGUACCGAUUUCUGGGAAAAUAUGGCGGCUAUUGUUGGAUUGUUAGCCAGGCCACGAUCGUCUAUGAUAAAUUAAAGCCACAGAGCGUCGUUUGUGUUAAUUACGUGAUAAG